CCUCGGUCAAGCGGCGAGUUCAUUGCCCAGAGCUGUCAGUCGGCUGGAGGAGAGAGGCGGUGGGGGGGAGGGGGAAGGGAAGGGGGUGGGUUGAUCGACCCACCGAUCAUGGUAAGGAGCGGGUCCGGAGUAGGGUCGGUGGCGCUUGGCUGGUCGAUGCACAACCGCGCCUUCCAAGUGUCGUGCGUGGCGCUGCUGGCGCUGAGCGCCCUCCACUUGGUCGUUACCCUCGUCUACUACCUCGACAUACAUGUCUACACCGUGCAGAUGGUGCGUCGCAUCGGCGGCUUCCUGGCGCCCGAACCGCUCACCACCUUCGCCACCCACCACACCGCGGCCCCGAACUUCACGGCGGCGCCCAACUUCACGGCGGCCCCCGCCGGCACAUCGCCGCCGCGUCCUCUCCAGCCUUGCCCGGAGACAUCGCCACGCCUCGUGGGACCAUUAAGAAUAGAAUUUUCUCAGUCCAUUAAUCUGGAGGAAGUGAGACAGAGUAAUUUGUUAGUGCAGGGAGGAGGCCGAUUUACUCCCUCGGAAUGUACAGCUGUUCAGAAAGUUGCUAUUAUCAUUCCUUUUCGUAACCGCGAAGAGCACCUGAAAUACUGGUUAUAUUAUUUGCAUCCAAUUCUGCAACGGCAGCAGCUUGAUUAUGGAGUGUAUGUCAUUAAUCAGCAUGGAGAAGAAACUUUUAAUCGAGCCAAACUUCUCAACGUGGGUUUCGUGGAAGCUUUGAAGGAAUAUGACUACAACUGCUUUGUGUUCAGUGAUGUUGAUUUGAUUCCAAUGGAUGACCGUAAUAUCUACAAGUGUUACAGCCAGCCAAGACAUCUGGCUGUGUCAAUGGAUAAAUUUGGUUUCCGCCUGCCAUACAGGCAGUACUUCGGUGGAAUUUCAGCCUUAAGUAGAGAGCAGCAUGAAAGAAUCAAUGGCUUCCCCAAUGAUUAUUGGGGCUGGGGAGGGGAAGAUGAUGACAUCUACAACAGGAUUGCUUUUAAAGGCAUGGGAAUAUCACGUCCAGAUGGUGUCAUUGGGAAGUGUCGAAUGAUUGUUCACCAAAGGGAUCAAAAGAAUGAACCCAACCCUCAGAGGUUUGACAGAAUUGCACGUACAAGGCAGACAAUGCAAAGUGAUGGUUUAAAUUCACUCAAAUAUAAAGUGCUACAGGUCAAGAAAUAUCCAUUAUACACAUUAAUCGAUGUGGACAUUGGUGGGCCUGGAAGGCCGCCCUCCUGAGUGUAACAAAAAGUGAAAGACUUCUUGAAACAAAGUCUAACUAAAUUACAGACCUCUUAAAUUUGAGUUUUAUGUUUUAUACCUUAUGUGCCUCAUUCAAUUACAUUUAUAUGCUGCAUAUCCUCCUUGCCUGAUCCUGAAGUCACUGUGGUUCCUAUGCCUUGAUAUUGAAAAUUUGAUCAUAUUGGAUACACAUUUUUAAAGUUAGUAUCUUGUAAAUCUAAAAACAGUCUAGCUGAGAAAGAAAUGCCUACAUGCAAAAAUAUUUUUUUUAUUAAAUUUCCAUAACCAGGUUUUUCACUUUAUUUCCAUGUCCAAAUUUUACUUUUGGACCCUCAGGAAUUCUCUAAUGCUUUGUUCCAAAUAAGUUGUUUUUCUCAAUCAUUUGUUUCUGACACAUUGUAUUUCUGCUCUUUUGUGGAUAGCUUUAGAAGCAUUGCUAAUUUAUUUGUAAUAUUGUUGCCUGUAGAAUGUGAUACCUGAAAUGUGACAGUCAUCUGCUCGAGCCAAGCUGAGCUUCCCUGUCUUUCACUGUUAGAAGACUUUGGAUGGGAGGGUUGAUUCUCUCCUGAUAGUAACAUUUGUUCAACUUUAAGUUUGAAGGUUAUGUUCCACAGGCAUUUGGCUAUCUGUACUGAAGUCCAAGUACUGUAAAGAUGGCUUCAACACUCUGGGAAGAAUAUUCAAUGAACUAAAUACCUAGUUAGAUUACUGUUUUUUAAAUUGUUCUUGUUGUAUAAGCAGUACUGUCAAGUUCCUGUUUAUCAUCCAUCUCCUAAUUGUCUGGUGAAAGUUGUGGUGACUUCCUUGAACCAUCUUGGUCAUUGUCCAUUAACAAUGACAUUGGUUGAAUGUUGACCCAGUUACAUCAAGAAUGUUUGAACUGGAGGUUUUGUGUUUCCAUGACUUUCAGCUUAUGUGGCACAAGGCUGCUUUGUAUCAAGUGACAAAUGGAUUUGGAAAGCAGAUGUUUUUUAAGUCUUAUUCCACCCUUCUUGGUUGCACAGAUACAUCAUAUUUACACAAUCCCAUAUACUGUGCAUGCACUCUUGGACAAUGUGCACGCAUGCACACACUGCACAUCCGCUAACUUGGUAUCUUCCACAGACACUGAAGCUGUGUUAGCUUUUUCAAAAUUGUUGCCACUUUUGCCUAGGACUACAGUUGCAAUUAUAUGUUUAAAAAGCUGCAUUGAAAAUCCCUUUGUGGACUGAGUCUUAUCCAAAUUUUUAAAGAGCAGAGGAUUUUAAAGAAGGUGACUUCUGGCCCUGAGGAUCCAUCCUGUCAAACAGUAUGGAACCAUGACUGGGAUCAUCAGUCCAACAUUAAACUCUGGCCAAAAUAGCAUUAAGGGAGUUGCUUGAAUUUAUGGCAUUAAUAAGAAACUCUGCAGCUGUGCUUUGGCAUCACUGAAAAUAGUUCUUCACAAACCUCUGACUUUUCGGUGACACUCUUUUCUAGAUGAUUUUAUUACUGAAAGUUUUUUUCUCUUCUUAUAUAGAAAUACUACUUGUUUGUUGCUCUGUAAAAUGCCUUUGAUUCUUCUAUCAUCUCCUGUCAUUCACUGAUCUAGAAUGAGAGACUCCAGAAACUUUAUUCAGAGUUUGAGUAAUGUUAUUUGCGGAAAUGACUAGCCAGAAUUUUACCAUUUGUUGGUUCUCGUUCUGUGGGUUAUUCUUGGGUUCUUGACUUUCUCUAUCACAGUUGCCAAAGGUACAACUACCUUGAACUGCACUAAGCAUAAAACAGAAGGGUGUCAUAAAUAAGCAAGACAGCCCACGAAUCCUCAGGGAGAAGGCCUUGUAGGAUGUGCUACUAACUCGUAUUUUUCUUUCUUUUGAUCGCAUGGAAUCAAAACUGCCAACACACGGGGAGGCCCUUGGCCUGUUGUGCAUCUUUUGUGUGUGCAAUCCAAAACUAAUCCCAAUGCCCCACUGCCUGUGAUUCAAACAUUACUAUUAAAAGAUCCACCUUGCCUCAACCACUAACUGGCAAAGCAUUCCUAUCCUCCAGUAAACCUUCACGUUUCUUCUAAAAUCUCUUGGAAUCCCUCAUUUGGCAGCAUGCUCAAGACAAAUGAAUUUUGAGUUUGUUUAAUGUCAACUACUUGGCUGUAUCCCUACCUCAUUCUGCAUACUGUAUAAAUUACCUGGAAAAUUCUAUUGUUUGUUGUAAUCAGUUCAGUUUCUUUUGAGCUCUGAUCCAAGUUCCAACACAAUGAAUUUUAUAAGGCAUGCAGGUUGGGUAAACCUGUCAAAACUAUAAUGAAAGUAAGAUCGAGGAUUUGAAAUUAAAAUACCAUAAGAUAUAAAAGCAGGAGUAGGGCAUACAGACCCUUGGGUUAUCUGCUCCAUCCAAUAAGAUCAUAACUAGCCUGAUGGUCUCUAUUCCAUUUUCCUGUCCAGUGGCUAUAAAGUUUGGUACCACUGCAGUCCAAGAGCCUAUCCCAGCCUUAAACACCAAUGACUUAAUAUUGACAAUUCUGAGAGAGAAGUCCAAAGGAGAGAAAAAAAUCUUCCUCCUGACUGUCUUAAGCAGUUGACCUCUUACCCUAAGCUGCUUUUCCCUAGUUCUAGUUUCCUCAGAAGGGCAAACAAGCCUUCCGCAUCUACCCAGUGUAGCCUCUCAGCUUCAUUACAAUCUGAUUCAGUUGCUUUCAUGUGUAUAAGAUUUGUAAGCAUUUUGAAAUAGACCUAUAGUGUAACCCAGGAAUGUUGGUGUGCUUCAAGUGCCUGUAGAGUGGUGAAAAUCAGAUUGCUGUCUUUCGUGAGGUUGUCCUCGUGAAACCAGAUAACCACAUGAAAAUGUGGUAGCCUGAGAGGUCUUUAUUGGCAGCAAAUGGAGAAACAUGAAAAAAUAGUGUAAUCCCAAAAAGUGCACCUUAAUGUAUGUGCUUUUUAAUUAAGAUAACACGUGCUUUUUUUUAUACAGUGCUACCGAUUCUACUUCAAUUAUGUGUGAAUUUGCUGCUUUCAUGGCUGUAACACUUCUCAUGAAUGUCACAAGAUUUAUGUAUUUUUCAGUCCCAAAAAUGAACAUACACUUAAUCACUGCUUUCACUUUUGGCUCUCCCUUGAUUUGCUCACACUCGUCCAUUUGAUUGCUUCUUGGACAUGUAUUCUUUCAUAUAUUCAUUGCUACCUCCUGAGAAAGCAAGCUUUCUUCAAACUUUAAUCUGUGCCCCUUGUUAUGCCAAGCAGAUUUAUUAGUUUACUGUAUUCCUUUGUGUCCUUUGGAAUCUCUGUUUAAACAUUCCCAGUAACUUCAAUAUUCAGAUAUUUAAUGUGACAUUGGUUGAUUUGCUUCUGAUGUAAUGUUUUGAAGCCUGGAUGUCUGCAUUUUUUUGGCAUACACAGGCCACCUAACACUGACUUGUGGUGCUAGUUAGUCAUUUUCUCCAUUCUAAUGCAGCUCCAUAACGACUCUUCUUUACUGCUUAGCUCCAGCAGCUCCUAGUCCACUGCUAUUGUGUGCCAUUCAACCUCCUGAACCAUUCUAUUUUGUGUUGUCUUGCUAAAAGCAUUGUUAAGAAGAGAGCCUUAUUUCUCCAAACACUGACACUGGGGGAGUCAGGAAAGCAGACCUCCCUGAACCUUUCUCCUCUGUGAUCUUUGGCUGUGGAAUAUUGGGACUUCAGCAAACAAGAGAUUGUCAACUGAAUACUGUUUCACUAUUCAAAGAAGCAAAGUUACCAUUUUAUUCCUUUUUGUAUCAUUCUGAGUUGCAUCUUUUUAGUUGUGUGCUGCCUUAAUUAUCCAAGCCAAUAAUCUACAGUUGUCUUUAAUUCUGCGUUCUGAGUCUUAUAUUUUUACCCAAGUAUUUCUGCUUGGUGCAGAAUAUUUUCCUGUGCUUAAAAACUGAACACCUCUUAAAAAUUGGUAGAACUGCAAUGGAACUGUUAGAGUUUACCUGUGUAACUGAUGCAUAGUAUUCAUUCAAACUUGCACAGUCUGUUGGCAAUUGAGGACUUGCAUUGCCUCUGACCUUAAUGACUAGCUACAGACUGCUACUUUAUUUACUACUCUGAAAAGAUACUAUUGAAGAAAGUUGAUAGAGAUUUUAUAAUGUGCAUCAAAUUAAAAUUGCUCAUUUUGUUUGUAAUCAUGUAAACCAUUAAGUCCUAGAUCUUGUGUGUGAAUCAUGAAUUUAACUUGUAUUCAUUGAGGGCAAAACCAGACCAAAAUCUUUUUUGUAUGGCAAUAAAACUUACAUUUUUUUUUGCAAAUGCCCCAGUUAUGUUUCAUUACAUUGAUGAAGAAUGAUUUGUGUUUUGCUGGUGGAGUUUUUGCCACCCUAUUGUACAUGAUAAAUUAAUGUUUAACAAGGAAGAAUUCCCUACAUUAUGGUUUCACAACUACUUCAGUCUGUCAAUCAGUCUAAUUGUUUUCAACAGCCAUUUGCAGUGCAAUAAUUAAACUGUGGUCAUUUGUGUUUUCCAUUGAACUAUUUUGAUAUGUAAUUUGUUAGGACAGUAUGGUUUUAUGCAUUCUCUGAUUUUUUUUUUCCUCAUCUUUUGCAUUCCAUUUAAAAACAUUUUGAUCAGCUUCUUUUGGUUUUUAAUAAUGGAGCAUGUUUGAACAAUGGAUUUUUAAAAUCUUUUUUAUUGGACUGUUGUGAUGGAAUAUUGUAAUGAAAAGUUGCUUCAAAUUUGUAAAGUUGAGAACAAUAAAAUGCUAAUUUUGUGGAAAAAGUACCUUCUGCAACUUUAUAACAGAUGCCUUUUUUAAAUUUAAAAUUAGUACCCAUGCUGUUGCUCUCAUUAAAUCACUGAUGUAACAUAAUACAACUUAUUCUGACUAGAACAGUGGAUUUUUGAGAUGAAGAUGAAGUCAAUUGAUGUUUACAAUCAGUUUUGCAAGCCUUUGCACUUGGAAUCAAAUAUGCAAAAUUUUUGAGCUGACAGUUUUUUUAAAUUCUUAAAAUGUUUGUGGUUCUUCUAUCAAGGAAACAAACCAAAAGUACACAACUAGCAGAGCUUCAUUGCAAAACAUAAUUCACUAGUAGGUUUGUAAAGGCAUGUUCUGUUCUAAAUAAA